AUGGCCGUCUUUGUAUACCUGGGCUCCGGUAAAGGCGAUACCGAGACCGAAAGCGAGAGCGGCAACGAGAACGAAGCCAAAUACGUCUCUCUGCACCGCCCUCAUACUGCAACGCUUAAACUGCUGCUGUGUGUCUGGUGGAUUCGCCUGCGAGACUAUUUCCAGGACAGGGGCCGGGAGAAUGGCCUUCUUGAGGGAAAUCACCGUCUCGCUGCGACUGCAUUGACUGGUCAUCUAUGCGAUGUCACAAUGGGAAUGGUCCUCAUCCCUGUCUCUCGACACAGCGCACUUGCGUCCUUCUUCAAACUUUCCGUCUCAACUACGCUUACUUUUCAUAUGCUGACGGCAUAUGCACUCUUUUCUCUUGUACUAAUUCAUGGAUUCCUCUAUGUAUCUUGGUUGCCCGCCUUCCACUCUCUCUCGGGGAAGUUUCGGACGGUAUUCCCUCUCCUAAACCCAACGUAUUUAUACUACGAGACUUGGCCGGGUAACUCAUCAGCCUUGGGCAUCUGGCGAGCCUCCCUUAUAUUCACCGGUAUCGUCUCUACCUUGAUCAUGGGUCUUAUUUUUGUCACCACUCUACCAACGAUUCGAUCCAAACAUUUCAAUCUCUUUUACUUUACUCAUCUCCUGAGCAUCGUUGCCAUCAUUGUCAUCUGCCUACACGCUAGUACAGUCUUUUACUGUGUGGCUCCUGGGCUAGCCAUGUGGUUGCUCGACUGGGGUAUGCGACUAUAUGAGUUGAGAGAGUGUGUGUCAGGCAAGGUUGCACAUCUAGGAAAAGGAUGGUAUUGUAUCGAUAUGCUACUCCCUCGGCACCGACUCGACGGCUGUGCAUGCAAGUCCCCGGUUGCCCAUUUCUACAUUCGCCACUCAGAAUCCUCCGUCCGCGAGCUUCAUCCUUUCACCACUAUUACCCCUCUUGCUUCUCAGAAGAACAUCACUUCCGAGCCACGAGAUGAUGUAACGAUCCAAUUUAUCUUCCGUAAACGUGGUUAUACAGAUAAACAUACUGGGCGACAGGCUAGGAAUGAAAAGCGGCGGACUUGGCUCAAAUUGUUCCAAAAAGAAGCGAAGCCGACCUUCCAAUGGACAGACAAGGUAGCUGGUCUCGCCGAUAAAUACAGGCCAUUGUCAAGACCUGGAGAGAAUGGGAGUUUCAACCAGUCAAUUGACACACAUUUUGUUGAGCUUGCCAACAGGAGUCUGGUACGUACCCCGUCACAGGGAGUGGAACUCUCUCUACGACUUGAAGGGCCGUAUUUCUCCGAAGCAGACCCUUCGCAGUACAAGACAGUCAUAUGUUUUGUCGCCGGUACUGGAGUGAGUGGAGCUAUAGCCAUUGCCCGUGCCUUUCUGGAAAGGAGACAGCAAUCAACUGCUAUUACAAAUUUGUGUGAAUUAGAAACCAACGCUGGAGCAAAGAAUGCACCUAAAUGGGAGAGGUGUUUGAUUUUCUGGAGCGUGAAAGCGAAAGACUACACCGACCUACCGUUCCUCAAAGGUAGAUCCAAUUUUCACAACCUUUAA